UCUCUCUCUCUCUCUGCUAUUUUCAAAGGGUUUUAGGGAUUUAGGGAUUGUCGUCAAAAAUGGCUACCAGAUUCCUCAUAUCGCGACCUGGAACAGUAUCUUCCUCUCGGAGUUUUCUCACUCCUCGCCUCUUUGGUUUCCUCAAUAGCUUCACUUCCUUAAUAUCGGUUUCACCUCCAUCGAAGCCAUUCCUCAAAUCGUUUUCCUCAGUGCAAGAUGUCGCAGACCAGGAUACUCGCAUUCCCGCCACAGUUAUCACCGGAUUCCUCGGUUCUGGAAAGACAACUCUGUUAAAUCAUAUUUUGACUUCAAAUCAUGGGAAGCGUAUAGCAGUCAUAGAAAAUGAGUUUGGGGAGGUUGAUAUCGAUGGAUCUCUGGUUGCGAGCCACUCUUCAUCCUCUGAUGAUAUUAUCAUGGUCAACAAUGGUUGCUUAUGCUGCACUGUUCGUGGAGAUUUAGUCAAAAUGCUUCUUGAUUUGGUUAAAAAUAAACGAGACAGAUUUGACCAUAUUGUCAUCGAAACUACAGGGCUUGCGAAACCUGGUCCUGUCAUUGAAACGUUCUGUAGUGAUGAUUUGCUUCCGAGAUAUAUAAAGUUAGAUGGUGUUGUUACACUUGUUGACUCUAAACACGCCAUGCGGCAUUUGAAUGAAGUGAAACCGAGAUUUGUUGUGAAUGAGGCAGUUGAACAGAUUGCUUAUGCAGAUCGUAUAGUUUUGAAUAAGAUUGAUUUGGUAUCCGAGCCUGAGUUGGAGCACUUAACUAAAAGAAUCAAGCAAAUCAACUCUAUGGCACCCAUCAAACACACUAAAUUCGGAGAUGUUGAUAUGGAUUUUGUCUUAGGGAUUGGAGGUUAUGAUCUUGAGAGAAUUGAUUCAGAAGUCAAUGCAGAUGGCUUGAGUUGUGCAGAGGAUCAUGACCAUCAUCACCACCAAUGCAGUCAUGGAAAGCACAAAGAACAUCAACAUGAUCAUGUUCAUGACUCUGCUGUCACAAGUGUUAGCAUAGUGUCCGAAGGAAUUCUUGAUCUUGAUGAGGUUGACGAUUGGUUAGAAAGAUUAAUCGAAGAAAAAGGUGAUGAUUUGUACAGAAUGAAAGGUGUUCUCUCCAUCGAGAGCUCUGAUCAACGUUAUAUUUUCCAGGGAGUCCAUUCGACGUUAGACGGAUGCCCAGGCAAAUCAUGGGGACCCGAAGAGAAGCGGAUAAACAAACUUGUGUUUAUUGGAAGAAACUUAGAUGAGACCAUUCUCAGGAAAGGCUUUAAAGGUUGUCUAUUAUAAAAAGAAAAGAAGAACUCAGAAGCAGGGUCCAUCUUUUGAUUCUAAUCUUCUACAGAUAACACAUCUUAGUUGAUAGAGAGUACACAGACGUACUUAAAACAUGGAAUGGCGUUUAGCUAGCAGGUUAUGCCAAAACGUACCGGGUUUCCAAAAGGCAUUGUCAGAACAUAUAAACGUGUAAUUUAUUCUCCUGUUUAAGCGACAUAGGAAUAUUUCAUGCUGGCAUCUAGGUGUCAGUAUGACAGUACUGUGUCACGGCGCUCGUUUGAGAAUCGAAAGAGUCAGUCACUACUCACUUAAUUAGUGCAAAAGAAUUCUGAGUUAUAUGUUUUGAUUCCCGCUUUUAACUUAUUCGGAGACAUAACCAUUUGUUGUUCUCCUUCAGACAAACCAAAUGGAAUGUGAUUAUUGUACAUGAGUUUGAUG